UAGGGUUUCUCCCCUUCGUCGUCGCGCCGGCCUCCCUCAUCGCAGCUCUCUCUCCGCCGCACUCCGCCCUAGCAGCCCCCGUCUCCGGCGCCGGCGGCGAGAUGGUGAAGGGACGCACGGGGCAGCGCGUCAGGCUCUACGUCCGCGGCACCAUCCUCGGAUACAAGAGGUCCAAGUCGAACCAGUACGAGACGACGUCGCUGGUGCAGAUCGAGGGGGUGAACACCAAGGAGGACGUGGCGUGGUACGGCGGGAAGCGGAUGGCGUACGUCUACAAGGCCAAGACCAAGAGCGACGGCACGCACUACCGCUGCAUCUGGGGCAAGGUCUCCCGCCCCCACGGCAACUCCGGCGUCGUCCGCGCCAAGUUCAAGUCCAACCUGCCGGCGGAGGCCAUGGGGCGCAAGGUCAGGGUCUUCAUGUAUCCCAGCAGCAUCUAAAGAUAAUCUUGAAGUGCGGUGGAUGUUGCUCAUCUCUUAGGUUUCAUCUGUUAGCAAGUUGAACUGCUGUUUCCCCAAGAAUCCCUUGGUUGUUUUCCCCGUAAUUUUGAUGUCGAAUGUGUGGACCACUUAUACCAUGCUAUGUUAUAUGGAGUUGGAAUUUCAAAGCGUGUGAUCUGUUCAUCUCUCAGUGGGUUGUGUGCUGUUGCUCCCUCUCAAUUUCAGUCAUUGAUUCCUGUUAGGAGAUAAUUUUCCUUUUGUUCAUUGAUGUAUUUAUCCUUUCUGACCA